GGUGGGGUGGGGUGGGGGUGGGGUGGGGACCAGAAGUUGCCGCGGAUGCCCUGAAUGCAGCAGCAGUUCGGAUGCUCUGUGGCUGGAGUCCGGCUUUCGCUUCGCUCCGCUCCGCUCCGCGGCCGCCGCCCGCCGGCGGUCUGCCCGGAUGGCCAAGAUCAGAGUGGCUUACGACUACUCCGAAGCCGAGGACAAAAGUAUCAGACUCGGGCUGUUCCUCAUGGUGUCGGGCAUCGUGUCCCUGUUCGUGUUGGGCUUCUGUUGGCUGAACCCCGCGCUGCACAACAUGCAGUGCAAAGCCGCCAACUGCUCGGUGGUCUCUCUGCAGCAGAUCGGGGAGAUGUUCGAGUGCACUUUCACCUGCGGGGCGGAUUGCAAAGGCACCUCUCUGUACCCCUGCCUCCAGAUCUUCGUCAACAACUCCGAAUCCAACAGCAAAGCCCUGCUCCAUUACGACGAGCAGCAACUCAUUCUGAACCCCAAGUGUUCCUUCAUUCCUCCCUGUGAAAGAGACAAUCAGAAAAACUCUGAAAUCGUCAUGAGUUGGCACGAAUACUGGAGGGAUGAAAUUGGCUCCCGGGAUUUUAUUUGUUACAUUAACCAGCACCGAAGACCUGAUGAUGCACUACUGAAGCGUGUUCAUGAUGAAAAUGUUCUCCUGCACUGUGUCCUCUGGCCUCUCCUCACUCUCUUGGUGGGUGUCCUGAUCGUGCUGCUCACUGUCUGUGGUAAGAGCCUUGCUAUUCGAGCAGAGACAAUGCAAAAGAAGAAGUGCUCCUAGUGAGAAGACUUACAAUUAAUGGCAUCAAACGUCAUUGCAAUAGCUAUCUAAUCAGUAGUGCAUUCAAAGGGAAAUCUUUGACUACAAAGACCUGAAAUUACUUUGCUCGACUGUUGAUUUUUAAAGUUCUAUGCUGAUUUAAGCUUCCGGGAAGAGUAAAACUGAUUGAUUGCAAAAGCUUUGGAUUUAUCAUGAGAAGACUACUGAAUUAUUAUAUUUUUUAAAAAGCAGACGUAAUGUAGCUUAAGCCUUGUGGUUUUUGAAUAUAACUUUCCAAGGUCCCAGAAUAUACAAUGCAACCCCAUAUAACUGUCAGUAAAAGCACACAAACUCUCUGCUGUUCAAAACCAGUCGAAUAAUGAAGCUGUACUUUAUAAUGCUGUAAAGAUGCAAUUGUCAAUAAAAAAUAGUUUAAAUAUUGGAAAAUAAAGUCUCUUGAAGACCUAGAA